AUGAAAAUCCCAAACAACACCCCAAAUAUUAAGCAACACAAAUGCCUACAAAAAAUAAGCGAAAUUGUGGAUAAAACUCAAUUAAAAAAAAAACAAUUCAAAUACGUCAUAAACAUCAAUCACGAACCAGACGAUAAAAUAAAAAAAGAUUUAGAAAAAAGUUUGGACAAAAAAGAUGUUUUAAUCAAAAGUAAUAAUACAUUCAAAAUUCUCACAGACAGUAUUAGUACAGUAAUCUAUUUUGUAAAUAUGUUUGAUGCAGAAUUAAAAGGACAAUUUAUAACCACUAUAAGACCAAAAAAUAUGUAUACAGAUUUUGAUUGGUAUAAAUCACUCACAGAAAUAGAAUGGGUAAUAGAAAAUGAAGGAUGUAAACUAAUUAAAUCAGAAAUUAAAGGCGAAACUCUAAUUAUCAAAACAGUGAAAAGAGUCGUAGAAGAAUUUGACACUAUCAUUGAACUAGACAAUCUAACAUUAAUUGGACACUCCAACAAAGGAUGGAGAGAUCAAACCUCAUUACCAGAAAAUCAAGAAGAAAACAAAAAUAAAAAACAAUCAGAUGAACAACAACCACAAUCUACAUCAGAACAAAUACCAAAACAAGGAAAAAGAACAAUCAUUAUCCCACCAAUCACAUCCUCAUCUAAUGAUAAAACAUUUAUGGCCCUAGAUGAUACAGCUCAAAAGGUAAUAGAAGCAUCACUAGAAAACGUAGAUGAACUAACAAGAAUAGAGAAUGAGAUCAAUACACAAUCGAUAAACAAUCAAGAAAUUAAAACAAAAUCAGAAAAACCUAUCGAACCACCAUCUCCAUACAAUACACCAAUAAAACAACACGGCGAAACAAAGGGACUAACAACGGAAGAAAAACUUAGAGAGGCAAAUGAUAUCUUCGACUUCACCAGCCCAAACACUGAUGCAAUAAGAAAAAUAGAAUUCCCACUUUCAAUCCCUUCAAAUCAAUGGUUCUUCUCCUCUCCAAUAAAACAUAUCAUGAGUUUCAGCCCAACCUAUGGGCACCAUCGAAAAUUAUCGAUUCACCAAGUAAAUUGUUAA